GUCCCUCGGGGCGCAGCUGUAGGGGACACGGAUCCGAAAAAGCCGAAACUAUUUCAGAGACAGUACAUAUUCAUAUUGAUGGUAACGUGAGCAGUGGUUAACCUAACGCUGCUGGCUCUGUAGCUUUCUGCUAACACCACUGCAACUACUGAAGGAAAAACGUAAACAAAAGCUCCUUGGAUGGAUAACGUCAGUGCUUGUUCACUCCUUCCGGACACACGAAAUCAGCCGAGGACUUCUCAACCUUUGUAUUCUUCAAAUCCACUCACCAUAGAGGAGCGAGGAGCGAGUACAGACUGCAAACAGAAUGACCAGCUCAUCUGCUCCCAGGAUGGUGAAUAGUUACAAGCGGACUUCAAGCCCCCGAUCCCCAACUAACAGUGGGGAGCUUUUCACCCCAGCACAUGAAGAAAAUGUGCGCUUUAUACAUGAUACCUGGCAGUGUGUGCUUAGAGAUAUCAGAUCAACACAAAAUAGUGAACGUAAUGACCGUGGACCACAGGAGUAUGUGGAGAAGAACCCAAAUCCUAACCUACAUUCUUUCACACCAGUGGACCUGAGUGACCUCAAGAAACGCAACACACAGGACUCCAAGAAGUCCUAGUCUUUCUCAUGAUGGUCCAAUCGCUUUUUUCCACCCAUUAUCCUCAAGAACUUUUCCUCCAUCAGCCAGAAAGUCAGCCCUGUUGGCCCUUCUAGCACUGAAUGCCAGUCUCGCUUCUCGCUCUGGACCAUAGCAACCUCUGUCUCUUCCUUUACCCUCUACAACUGAAAAAGAAGAAAGGUGGGAUUCCAGGGAGCACAAAUUCUCCCGUCUCUUGGUUCAUGUUUUUUCAAGUCAUAAAAUCUUCAUAUGUACAUUCUUUAUGUGGACGGGACUGAUGCAAACUUUCAUCAAAAUUUGCUGACAUCUGAUGCUGAUGUACAAACUGUUGACACUCUCCACAAGACACAAAAGACUGCAGUCUUAAAUACAAACCCUGUUUUCUUUACUACUGCUACGUAUUUGACUUUGGAGGAAAAUGCGAAAGGGCUGACUUUUUUUUUGUUUUUUAGUUCGUUUUGGAAGAUAAUUUGUCGGUAAAUUGUAGAGGUAAUGGAAGGGUCACAUUGGAUACACACUUUACGGGCAAGUUUUGGAAGCCAAAUGCAAUGUAGAAGGCCAACUUUUUAUUAUAAAUUUUCUUGCCCUCAAAUGGACUUUACUAAGUAGAGACCUCCCCCAGAAUGCUGCCCUUGGUUAAACCCCCCUCCCCCAAGCCUUGAAACAAAAUGUUGAAUAAAAGACUUUUACAAUA